UUUGGAGUGAUCAACGAUAUUGAACUUUUUGACUUCAACCCGUCAGUUCCGCCAGUUUCGAUUCCGCCGCCUCGCCCAUGCCAAAUUCCUGACGUCUCGUAGGAUCAGUAGAGCGUAUCCCGGUUUGAUCCCUUCCACUCCCGACUGUAUCCUGCCAUCGCAGCCUGCCCUCCUUCGGCGAAUCCGAAGCUGAUUUCAUACAAGAAGAAGAAUACGAAUGCUGCAAUGUUUGGGCUCGCUCAAUGUGCGCUAGGGUUUGCUCGAAGUGUCGUCCUCUGGCUUACUAGAAAUAUUCGGUGGCUUGCUGCGGCUGGAAUAAACUGGCCUACCUAUCGAAUCGACGCUCCGCUUGUAAAGUCUCUUGAAGACCUGCAGACACAUUGCAAUCAUAACACGAUCGAUGGCGAUGGCAAUAUAGAGUUUUCGUACUCUACAUUCUCCUUUAUCACCAAGGAACAUACCGUCUAUUGCGGCCGAUCAUUAGUGAAGAAGCUCACUCUUGAGAUUGUUAAUGAGAGUUUGGAACUGGUUGCUGAUAAGGACGUGUAUCCAGAAGCGCCGUCACAUAUAACAAGGGUUACGACGAUAGGCAGCGGUGCCUUUAUUAAAGGGCCAGCACUCACAUUUUACGAGGAACUCAGAGGCUCAGAGAAGAUAGCACAGAUACUCUUACAGGAAGCUGAGAUGCUAGAGCAAAUACAGCGUAACCCCCACCCUAAUAUUAUUCGGUAUCAUGGCUGCCAGGUCUAUCGAGGUCGUAUUACUGGCCUGGUUUUAGAACGUUAUCCUUUCACACUGGAGGAACGAAUGCGUAAUGGUGGCGGUGAUCUCAACUUGGCAGUAGGCUUUGACGGACUGAAGUCUGGGGUAAUGCACCUCCAUUCUCUCGGGCUUGCUCACAACGAUAUUAAGGCGAGCAACGUUAUGGUUGGUAUGGACGGCGCAUGGAUCCUGGUAGAUAUUGGCUCUUGCCGGCCAUUCGGCGAUCAUCUCAUUAUGGCACGUCAACCAGAGUGGGAGACUUCAUCACAACAGCAUGACACGGAUGCACUAAGUGAACCUUGGAGUUGGCUAAUGGAUCGCAAGGCAACAAGCGUUUGAGUGGAGGCCGGUCUGAAUUGCAGUUGCUGUCGACCACAGUCACUUCUCUUCUGAUAUCACUGCCAGUGACCUGGAUGAUAUACGUGCUUCUUCGAUGACACCUUAUCUUCAUUAGCUUCUUCAGCAAUAGCUGCUAGAUACGACGCACAUGAUAAUAGCCUGUAGAAAACAACCUGGUGAUUAGGGUUAUCUGAAUAAUUUUAAGGUUAUUCGAUAUAGCUAAGGUGGUUCGGAAGAUGUUGAGAGAUGCAUAUCUAUCUACUUUUAUA